CCUCCCCCUCAGCUCAUCUGCGCGUCGAAACACACAGACAAACACACACGGCCGGAGAGACCAGAAAGAAACGCCAGAAACGGGCCAGACAAAGAUGAGAGAAGCCGAUAUCGACUCUAAUGUAAACCAUGGCAGACUCGACUGAGAGAUAGACAGAUAGAGGAGAGGAAAGGGGGAGGGGUGAACACACACAGACAGAGAGAGAGAGAGAGAAAGAGACAUGGCCCUCUUACACGUCUCUGCAGUGAAGCUGCACCUCCUGCACUGAAGAUCAUGCUGGAUAAGAGCGAGGUGUCGACUCUCGGGCUGCCGCCGUCCGCGAGCCAUGGCGGGUCCGACGGGAACAUCAGCGUGGAGGCGGGACUGGACGGCGAGGUCCAGAGAACGCGCGCGGCGCUGGAACAUUUGCAGCAGAAGAUCCUGAAGAUCACCGAGCAGAUCCGCGUGGAACAGGAGGCGCGCGACGCUAACGUAGCCGAAUAUCUCAAACUCGCCCACAACGCGGACAAACUGCAGGCGUCGCGCAUCAAACAAGUGUUUGAAAAGAAGAACCAGAAGUCUGCGCAGACCAUCGCACACCUGCACAAGAAACUCGAGCACUACCAUAAGAAACUCAAAGAGAUCGAACAGAAUGGUCCGGCGCGGCAUCCCAAAGACGUCUUCCGGGACAUGCAUCAGGGGCUGAAGGACGUGGGCGCGAACAUGCGCGCGGGAAUCAGCGGGUUCGGAGGAGGCAUGGUCGAAGGAAUGAAGGGCGGAGUCUCGGCGCUCACGCACACCGCAGUCGUCUCGAAACCACGAGAGUUCGCCAGCCUCAUCCGCAACAAGUUCGGGAGCGCUGAUAACAUUGCCCACAUGAAGGACAGUCUGGAGGACGGGCACCCGGAAGAGACACCGCGAGCUCUGAGCGGAAGCGCUACGCUAGUCUCCAGCCCCAAAUACGGCAGCGACGACGAGUGCUCGAGUGCAACGUCCGGGUCCCCGGCCGGGAGUAACUCUGGUGGGGCCGGUGGGCCGAUGUCUGGGAUGGGAGCCACCAUGGGGAGCCCUCGGCUCGACGGGCAUCACCACCACCAUCACCACCACCACUCGUCGUCUUCCUCGUGGGAUGCGCUGCUGGAAGGCCUGCAGGAGAUCAAAGUCGGCCAGGUGCACAUGGAGGACGCCAUCGAGGACAUGAAAGCGCAGCUGCAAAGCGACUACGGCUACAUGACGCAGUGUUUGCAAGAGGAGCGAUACAGAUAUGAGCGUCUGGAAGAGCAACUGAAUGACCUGACGGAACUUCACCAGAAUGAAAUGAGCAAUCUGAAGCAGGAGCUGGCCAGCAUGGAGGAGAAGGUGGCGUAUCAGUCGUACGAGAGAGCGCGAGACAUCCAGGAGGCCGUAGAGUCGUGUCUCACCCGCAUUACCAAACUGGAGCUGCAGCAGCAACAGCAGCAGGUGGUUCAGCUGGAGGGCGUGGAGAACGCAAACGCUCGAGCCCUGCUGGGAAAACUCAUCAACGUCAUCCUGGCCCUGAUGGCGGUGCUGCUGGUGUUCGUCUCCACCAUGGCCAACUUCAUCACGCCCCUCAUGAAGACGCGCGCUCGGGUCGGCGCAACCCUCGCCCUGGCGCUCUUCCUGGUCACACUGUGGAAACACUGGGAUUGGCUUGAGCUCUGUCUGCUCCCCAGCUGAAAGAGACGAACAAAAUACACCGAACUUAAAUUCUAACUGUGACGCAUCCCUCCCAUCGUACCAGAGCUUGAAGGAUGUAUGAGAAAGAUUCAGUAAGGAGAUACACCAUGGUCUACAUGGCUCUACAUUCCCGGUCUUUUCCUUCUGAAUGAGUUUCUUUCCUGUUUUAGACCACUGAGCUCAUUUUUGCUUUAAAGGGAUAGUUCACCCAAAAAU